CUGCCUUUUGACUGUCCUCCCCCGAAAGAAUUCGUCCCACAAGCGUCAGCCUCUCCUCAGCAUCUUCUCGCACCAAUGGCCGCGCCAAAUUACGCCUCUCGCGCUGGGCCACCUGCGCCUGUCGCCUAUCCUAUCGCCUCCCCUAUCGCCGCUCUCAACCCGCUAUUGGACUUUCCACAGUCACUACGUCCCCGUUCCAACCCCCAUACUGCUGCCUCUGAUCCUCUCGAUACCAGCUUGGCCGCCGACUCCGCCGACAGUGGCAUCGCCACCGGGGCUUGGAACGUGCUUCCCACCUCCGAGCUUGGCCACCCUGCCAAUCGCGACAAGCCCUACCCUCUCACUCUUGUCCCGUUCGAUAUCGCAAACCCUCCCCAGCACGAACAAACUCUGAUCAUCAGACCCUACGACGACAUCGUCUCUCGGUACAAGCUGAGGGACUACUGGGUCGAAGAGUACGAGGCGGGGGGAAUCGGAGAGGGAGUACAGUACGAGGACAGAUUCGUUCUUCCGUAUCUGCAUAGCUUUUACCAAGAUCUCCAAGCUCUCAAAGGUCUGAAGGCUCGCCGAGGCGAACGUCUACAGAUCUUCCCGACGACUUUCACGACCUCGGUUCGGCUGGACCUGGACAUUUGCAUGCGACCGCAAGAUACGGUCAAAGAUACGUUGGAUGGUAAUGAUGUGGAAGCGAAGGGAGCAAGGAAGAGAAUAUGGAAAGAGGAGUCUGCCUCUAUAGUAACCUCUACCACCGCCGAAUCCCGUAUGCCAGACGUUGGUUUGGUCGGCUAUCACCUCGAGCAGAUCGCAGACCAAACAUCUCAAAAGACACCAGGAGAAGAGCCGUCUACGAAACGAUCAUCAAUGGCACAGAUUUCGACAGGGCGCAGUGAGCGAAAAUUCAUCCUCUACUCAAUCAACCAAAUCAAAUGGUCGCCCAUGGUCGAGAAUGUGCGCGACGAGGCAGAGAGACGCCAUUUGGAUGACAUCAACCUCCGCUAUGCCCGCCUAGAUGCUCUUUUCCAGACUCUCUAUCACCUCCACAACGCCUACCGAGUAGCCGGAUGUCGCUUGGCGAUCGCUUGGGCAAACGAGUUCUUCACUCGCAUGGUCAAUGUGACAGGCAAGUGCGGUCCGCAGAGAAUCCUCGUUGAAGCUUCGCCCAAGUCCAUCUCAAUGGCAUCAAAGAGGCUACCCAACUGCGCUGCAGAAGGCCUGAGCCUUGAUGAUCUCGCCACCUUGGUUCAUGAUGACGAUUGGGAGGCACCCAACGCUCUCAUUCGAGACCACGACAACUGGCACUACAACGAAGAAGCCAAAUACCGCCUGGACGCGACCGUCCUGAUGACUCUGGCUAUCGCUACUCGUGCGACGCUUGGUGACGUCGUUGCUUCAGGUGGAUGGAAAAGAGGAAGAGAGGUUGAUCACGACGAGUACCAAGAGUCGCCUUUGCCCUCCAAACGGCCGAGAUAUGCUAAGCAGGGUGUGGACGAUGACGGCUUUGUUGGGUCCGUCAAUGAUGUUGCCUACCUACCUACUCAACCUGAAUCUGGGAACAUUCUGCGACCCCCCUCACGUCCUGCUUCAUCACCUUCUGUCGCCUCCUCUGCGUUGUCACCCAACAAAACGGACGGCACGGCCAGCGUGAUCGAUGAGGCUUUACUCGAACUCGAAUUUCCCUCUGAAGAUUGGUCGCAUGGUGACUAUGCCGAUGCUCUGGGAAAGACAGGGACAAAGGUGGUGCUCGUCGACCCGCAACAGAUGGAUGUGCUGCUGGCGCGGGCCGCCGGACAGGGAUGGGCCGAGGCGCUCAAGACGCAAUAGCCUGCGCACUCUGUUGCGAAUCUCUCACGGGAAGGUCAUGGAGUACUCGCGGUACGCCGUGGGAAUUGUUGUAAAAAGAAGGCGGAUUCUUCCAGAAUUGUGUAAACAGAGUGGAGAAGAGGUGCAGUUGUAGGGAGUUAGCAAAGAUUGUGCAUGAUAAGACGGCGUAGAUGGGGUCAUUCUCUGUUGAGGGGUUUUCCUUGUCUAUUCUCAGCCCUGUAUAUUUGUAACAUGCAGCCAGAUCACAAUUGAA